AUGACGCUGCCCAGCUAUCUCGUCAAGGACCUCGGCGCCUACGUCCAGAGCCGCGCCGACCAGCUGGAUGGUGUGUGCUGCCUCGACGCAGCGCCGUGCCAGCCGCACGGGACCAAGGCGCCGACGGCGUCGCCGGCGUCCUGGGUCAUUUUGUACCAUCCCGAGUUGCUCUUUACGACGCUCGUCGAGCUGCUCCUCGAUGCAUUUGGCCCGAGCACGCCAGUGUGCGUCAACGUGCUGCUUCCGGACCUCGCCCGCGUCGUGACGCCAACGCAAGUGCUCGCGAUCGAGUUGCCGCCGAGCGCGCUCCUGCUGCCGUCGCGCUUUGCACGGCCCGCGUGCGUCGGCCACGUGCGCUUGACGCCGAUUAGCUUGCAUGCGCCCUUGGGACUCGCGGGCGCGACGAGCGUCGAGACCAUUGCCGAGCUCGCCAGAGUGUGCGAGCAGCAGAUGCAGCCGGUUGUGGCGCUCUCGCUCUUGUACUGCACGUACCUCACGCUCGGCCGGUCGUUGGGCCCCCGCAACGCCAAGACGCUGGCGGUCGUCGACUGGAUCGGCGACGUCCUCCUCGACGUGCGCGAGUACAAGCUCGCGAUCGCGUGGCUCACCGAGUCGUCCGCAUCGUCGUCGCCCGAUGCACUGGCACGCUGGACGAACCUCGGCUUCGCGCAUCUCCAGCGCAUGGACACCAAGCGCGCCGUCGAGUACUACGAACGCGUCGCCCGCGCCGUCGCAGGAACGAGCGAGGUUUGGUCGGCGACGAUCGACCUGGCGGGCGCCCAUCGAUUCGCAAAGGCGCUCGGACCUUCGUGGGCGCUUCUCGAGUCGGUGCUAUCGGCGCCUCUUGGCUGCGAGCGGCUUGUCGCCGAAGCACACCACGCCGCAGGUCUCGUGCUGGCCAACAUGCAUCGCUGGAGCCUCGCAGUCGAGUCGCUGCACCGAGCGUAUCGCGCUCGCAAGACGCUGCUCGGAAGCGUUCACACGGCGACAAGUGCCUCCUUCUACGCUCUCUACUACGUCUACGUGACGAGCUCGGCAGCGACCUUUCCCGGCCGCUCGUCGCUGCACCAGUUUCUCGCGACGGAGUGCAACGAUGGGAUGGUGCCGUGGGGUGGUCGGUACUGCGUCUACUGCGGCGCACCCAUGGGCCAAGCAGCCGUUGCGUCGCGGCGCUGGGGUGGCUGGACGUACCUCGCGUGCAUGCCUUGCGCGACAACGUCGCUGGCCGGCGACGCCGUGCUCAUGUACCGCUUGCCGAACGAGGCGCUGGGCCUCUCUGGCACACUCUAA